UCAUGUAACACGUUCACAGUACAGAAUCACUGCACUUCAUAAAUAAUCACCGAAGGGAACGAACGGUAGGUCGCCAGCUGUUUCGCUUAUCUCAGCAAGUAGUGUGGUAAAGAGAAUUUCCUAGUUGAAUGGUUGUCGACUAACAUUAGAAUGCCCCGCUUGGGACGAUUGUUGUGCUGCGGCUGGAGAAAAAAAAGCCAAAAGGACGAUGGAAUAUACCAUCCUCUCCUUCCGGACGACGAGAGACAAGCCAUCAAUGACCUGCUUCAGUUCUUCAGAACUUCUGUGGAUAUUGGACAGCCGACCGAGGAACAGAUGAGAUCGUUGCUGUAUGUUUCCUAUUCAGAGCGCGUUGAUCUCCAGAGAACAGCGGCAUUAUGCUUUGCGGAAAUCAGCGACAGAAUGCGUGCCGAGGCGAAGAUGGAGAUGGUGGAAGCUCUUGUUUCUCUCCUUCAAGUCCAUGAUGUGGAGGUGCAACAGGCCAGCUCUCUGGCCCUUAGCAAUUUAGCUUUGAAAGGACCGGCCUGUAACAAGCGCACAAUCAUGCAAGCAGGAGCCUUGAGGCCGCUGAUCUCUCUCCUGAACUCCAGUAAUGAAGAUGUCCAGUGCAACGCUUGUGGAUGUAUAACAACGUUAGCAACUACAGAGGUGAACAAGCGCAAUGUCGUAGAACACGGAGCACUGAGGCCGCUCCUGCAGCUGGCACGCUCCCAAGACCCAAGAGUGCAGCGUAAUGCAGCCGGUGCAAUACUCAACAUCACUCAUAUAGACACGAAUAGGGAUGAGAUGGUGCGUAGUAAUGCUCUACCCGUUCUUCUCGACCUACUCAAGUCUCCUGAUCGUGAUGUCCAGUAUUACACUGCCGCUGCACUCAGCAACAUUGCAGUCAACGAACAUCACCGGGCAGCGAUAGUGGCAAUCAACAAUGGUUCUGUUCUGCCUGAUCUUCUACAGUUGCUUACAAACAGCAGCAACAAGGUGAAGUCACAAGCAUGUUUAGCACUGCGAAAUUUAGCAUCAGAUGAUUCUAACCAGGAGCAGAUUGUUCAGCUGGGUGGAUUGAAUCAUCUCUUGCCAUUGCUACACAGCCAAGACCAGGAGACGUGUACGGCGGCAGUAGCAGCAGUUAGAAAUAUUUCCAUUCAUGAUGGCAACGCGAUCCACAUUGUCAAAGGUAACUUCCUGCCUGAACUAGCAACAUUGCUGACCAGAGAGAGGUGGCCAGAGGCGCAGUGCCAUGCAGCUGGUACUUUACGGAACCUUGCCGCCGAGAAGCAGACUGCGGCCCUGCUUCAGUCAGGUGUUGUUGAUACAGCUAUGGAUCUGUUGGACAAUUCUCGCUGCCCUGAUGCAGUCCUAGCGGAAGCUACAGCGGCAUUAGCUAUUCUAUGUGCAUCCGAGGAUGCUCUCACUGACAUCAUGGCAAGACGUGGCAAGCCACUCUGCCGAGCUCUACUAGUGCGAGCAAAGGAUAGCCAAGAUGCUGAGGUGCGCUACAACUGCAUUGGGGCAAUUGGCCACAUUGCCAUGGAUGUGUCGACUCACCAAGUUUUGCUUAGCUGCCAGCCAUCUCUUCUACAAUUACUGAACGGUCUAAUGCUUCAGUCAGAGCCGGCUUUUGUUCAUCUCUCGCUUUGGGUACUGCAGCAGCUUUGCAAAGGAGGUGCUGAUACAAUGCAAGCUGUACGCAUAUCGGUGGUCUAUCAGCAACUGCAGAAGGUGGCUCACGGGUCUGAACACCGGAAGGAAAUUGUGGAUCUGGCAACUUCAAUCAUCAAUUCUCUAUCGGUCGAGUCCCAGAAGUCACCAUCACCAACUUCCCCAGCCUAGAUCCGAUGGCAGACAAACGGAUAUAAGAAGGAAGAAGAAAUGAUCAGGAUAUACACACUACACACGUGUAUUUACAUGUAUGCACACCCACACCCACCCACACACACACACACACACACACACACACACACACACACACACACACACACACACACACACACACACACACACACACACACGUGUACAAAUCGAAGCUUAUCAGACUAUACUUGCAAAUGCUCAACUGCCUAAGACUUCCCAUCAUUCUGCCUUCCAGACCCACAGCUCUUUCUGUACACUAUGAGUCUCAAUCAAUACCUAUGGUAUUUGCAGAUUAUUUACGUUUCAAUUUUUGUCAAGUACUUUUUCUAGAUAAUAAUAUGUUUAUAAAUCCUUUCAUUGAUUUAAAAACUCAUUUAUGAUAACUGCCAAGUUUUGAUAUUUUCUCAACCAUACACUUCAUGAAGUGUCCGCUUUUUUCUAUUCCUUUUUGAUUGUGUUACCUAUUCACCUACCAAGUGAUGGAAGGCGCAUCAUGGAUGAGUAUGUCCACCGAUUCGGCCACUAUUGAGUAUUUUUGGCGUUAUUACGGAA